AUGGAGGAGUUGUACGAACGCGUCCUGGCUCACCUGCCGACGCCGCAGCUGCACAAGAGCUACAAUGACGUAUUACGCGAUGAAUUAUCGUCUGUCUCCCAGGCGUUGGACGACGUCUUGGCAGCCUUCGCGAAGCUGGAGGAGGUGCGCGAUGCCGUCUCAAAGCUGCAGAAGCAGAGCCACGACCCGCCAACUGGCGGUCGCAGGGACAGCUCGCGGACAUCAGCAGACAAUGCGAUGGAGCUGCAGCAACAAUUGCAGCGUCAAGUGGAGAACCCCGCAGCUGGGAUGAAGGUGGCAAAGCUGAAGCGGAAGCGGGUGCAUGAAGAGGCACCAACAGCACCGGGAGGUGUCCAUCCAGUGGGUUUUAGUGGUGGCGAGAAGGCGCCUAGCAAUGGUACUAUCAACAAGGUGGAGAGGAUGGAAACUGCUGUUGAUUCAGACUCGGAGAACUCGGAGGAAGCAAUGGGUAAUACACGUAGGGCGCAGAAGUCCAAGAGGAGGAAGAGUGUCGUGGUGGAACGAAAAGUGGCAGCAGCGUUUGACUCCGCGUCGAGUUCAUCGUCCGAGCCAGAGAGUGGUGAGGAUUCUGACGAGGUGGAAGGCAGUGAAGCCGCUUGGAAGGCUCUGAUGAGCAAGGGGGCGCUUUGUGCGCCAUCGACCGAAGUGAAGGGGGGUCCGGACGGCGUCAAGAAAUCUGAAACGGGCAAUAGCGCCAUUACGCAACUGUUGAAGAAAUCGGCCACCUACUGGAAAACAAUUGUGGAAGAGGUGGGCAAAUUAUCUCCGAUGUCUCGGUCGUUCAUUAUUCCAGAGGUGCUGGCUGCGUUGAAGGAGUCGGUGGAAGCGGAUGUGGAUGGUUCGCAGCAGUCGGAAGUGGCUUGUACUUUGAAGAUUUUGCUGGGUUGGGGGACUCACAAAAGAGAAUACGACGCAGAGUGUGCUGGGAUGUAUCGUGAGUACGCUGAUGCGGUGGAGGCGUACGCGGAUCGGCUUCCUAGUUCUGCACAAAAGGACGAGCUCAAGAGGCUUAAUGGGGCGCUAUCUACUACGAUCAAGCGUCUUGAUGGAGUCGUAAUGAGCAACACUGCCAAGGCGACCCGUGAGGGCUCCAUACGAGAGGCCAAACGGACAGAUGCAGUAUCGAAUGUGAUUGGACGCCCAAUUAAUGGUGAAACGCGAAUCGGGCGGCUGCUACGUUUGCUUGUUGCAUUCAAAAGGGAAUCUGCUGAUCCAAAUGAUACGUUCGGAAAUCGAAUGAUCAAGGUGGUCGGCACAAUGUCUCGAUGGCUAAGUGAGGACCUACACAAGCCCCUCUUUCUAGCUUUAUAUCGCGUGGUCGUGAACACAUUGCUGAAAUUUUCAAUUCGCAUACCUAAAGUAUCAAAGAGAGAUCGCGUUGUAGGACUAUUGGAGAACAUGUUUGAUGCGAUUUCAGGCUCACCCAACUCCAAGGAACGCCUGGCUAAGAUUCAUAACCGUGUCACACAACUUUUUGAGGAAGUGAAGCAAUACCAGGGGAAGCCCAUAUUGGGCCUGGAGAGUAAGAAACUGAUGGACGCUAUUGGUAUCUUGAGGAACGAUGUUACUACCCAUAUCGGGAUGCAACAAUGCGCAGCUGUGUCAAGAUAUUCAAAGAUACCCUACAAGCUCAAAACACGACCGACAUCAAGACAUCGAUGA